GAGAACCAAGCCCUCUUGGGCGGCGACUUGUCUGUAUACAACACCAAGAAGCCAAGGUACCCUAACUUGAUCUGGCGAGCCUUGAACGUGGUGAUGUUUGUGGUUUUGGUAUUCCUUCUCCUCCCAUCCACCAAAACCAACACCGUUCCCGAAGUCGACAGCUCCAAGAAGAAGAACGUCAUCUUCAUGGUCACCGAUGGCAUGGGCCCUGCAUCGUUGUCAUUGGCCAGGUCCUUCAGACAGCACAGAGAUAACUUGGCCAUCGACGACGUGUUGGAGUUGGACCACUACUUGGUGGGCUCCUCCAGAACCAGGUCCAGCAGCUCGUUGGUCACCGACUCCGCUGCCGGAGCCACCGCUUUUUCGUGUGCCUUGAAGUCCUACAACGGUGCAAUUGGUGUGGAUCCCCACAAGCAGCCCUGCGGAACCAUCUUGGAAGGCUUGAAGUUGCAAGGGUACUUGACAGGCUUGGUGGUCACCACCAGGAUCACCGACGCCACCCCUGCCGCCUUCAGCUCCCACGUCGACUACCGUUUCCAAGAAGACUUGAUUGCUGAGCACCAAUUGGGUGAGUACCCAUUGGGCAGAGCCGUUGACUUGAUUAUCGGUGGUGGCAGAUGCCACUUCUACCCAACCUCUGAUGCCGAGGGCCAUGGAUGCCGUGCAGACUCCAGAAACUUGAUUGAAGAUGCCCAGAAGAAUGGCUGGCAAUAUGUUGGUGACAGAGCCCAAUUCGAUGCCUUGCAAGGAGGAAAGAACAUUUCCUUGCCCUUGUUGGGAUUGUUGGCUGACGGUGACAUUCCUUAUGAUAUUGACCGUGACUCGAAGGUCCACCCUAGUUUGGCUGAACAAGUCAAGGUUGCAUUGACUGCUUUGUCUGAGGCCACCAAAGACUCGGACAAGGGUUUCUUCUUGUUAAUCGAAGGAAGCAGAAUCGACCACGCUGGUCACCACAACGACCCUGCUGCCCAAGUUAGAGAAGUCUUGGCUUACGACAAGGCAUUCCAAGAAGUUAUCAAGUUCAUCGACGAAAGUGACGUUGAAACUGUCGCUAUUUCCACUUCUGAUCACGAAACCGGUGGUUUGGUCACUGCUAGACAAAUCUCUCCAUCUUACCCUGACUACUUGUGGCGUCCAGAAGUUUUGUUGAACAGUACCCACUCAGGCGAAUACGUCGCAAGAAAAGUCUUCAACUACAAGCACAAGGAUGACCUCAAGAAGUUCAAGAAGUUCAUUGCCGAGGAAAUCAUCGAAAAGGAUCUUGGUGUUACCAAUUACACCAGUGAGGAAAUCGAGUUAGUUGUUGAGAAUGCUGCCAGCGUCAACGACGUUUUGUAUGUUUUCAACAAUAUUAUUUCCGUCAGAUCCCAAACCGGAUGGACCACCCAUGGACAUUCAGCAGUUGAUGUUAACAUCUACGCCCAUACCAACUCCGAAUCCAUUAAAGCAAAGUUGUUGUCUAACAAGGCUCACCAUGGCUUGUUGGGCAACCAUGAAAACAUUGAAAUCGGUGAAUUCAUGGCCUCCAUCACUGGCGUUGAUCUUGAAGAAGUCACCACCUCUAUUCAAGGUACCAAGCACUCUCCAUAAACUUGCGGCUCGGGGCUUUGAUUUCUUUGACUUUGUCGAAUACAACAUCUAGAGUAGAUCCGUUCUAGACUAAAAUUAAAGCAUAAAGAAAUUUC